UGUUUGGAGAGAGGAAGUGUAACAAUACUUACAACACACACACACACACGCACAAACCCACACAGAACACAGACACACUCUGUCUCUCUCUCACACAGAUUAUUUUUUUCUGUUUUUGUUAUUUUCUUGGUCACACAGUUACAGUGUAGACUUUGUGAGAGAAAGCUGAGGACAGGAGAAACCCUGGAGGGACAGAGAAGACUCCCAGAUCACACAAGUCAAAGGAAUCACCUGCGAUACAGCAGCAGUGUUGUAACGAGACGCCAAGAGAGCGCUAAGGAAUUUCUGUCUUCUCCUCCCACAAAUCCUGAUGAGUAUAAAAAUGAACCACGAACCAACAACCAACACUCCACUGAACACAAUAACACACUCGGGGGAUGUGGAGAGAGGACCUGAUGAUCAACACCAAGUGAGAGACUACAGGAAGUUGGCCAUCUGCAGCAUCAUAUGUGGCCUGUCCUGUGUCGGUGUUGUGUCUCUCAUCUACUCAGUUAAGACUCGAGAGCUCAACAAGAAGUCCGGUGGUGAACCAGCGUACAAGGCCAAGGAAUAUUCGAAAAAAACCCUAAUAUGGGCAGUAGGAGCCAUGGUGGCGCUGGUGGCUUUUAUUAUUCUAAUCAUACUGCUGACGGGACUGCUGUCGUACCUGCUGACGUUUAUAAACUGAAACACAGGAGCGACAAACGACACAUGGACAACAUCUGAGAACAGAAAUGCUCAGAGUCACAAACCACCCAAAGACAUGUGGUAGACAUGUUAGUGUAGUGGUUACAGUGUUGGAUUACUGAUCAGUGUUCAAGUCCCAGGUCCACCAGGCUGCCACUGCUGGGCCCCUGAACAAGGCCCUUAACCCUCAAAUGCUCAGUUGUAUAAAAUGAGACAAAAUGUAAGUCAUUGUGGAUAAAAGGCAUCUGCCAAAUGUCAUAAAAUGUAAAUGUCAAACACGGACAGACCCCAAAGACAGACCCUCAGACCCUCAGAGCUACUCACGGACCCCAAAAACCUGUUUAUGGUGCCAUAAGACCCCAAGAAAAAAUAUGGAGCUCCACCACCUCCAGCUCCACCACCUCUAGCUCCACCACCCCCAGUUCCAUCACCCCCAGCUCCACCACCCGCAGGUCCCCCAACAACAGGUCCACCACCUUCAGCUCCACCACCCCCAGCUCCACCACCCCCAGCUCCACCACCUCCAGUUCCAUCACCCCCAGCUCCACCACCCCCAGCUCCACCACCUCCAGGUCCCCCAACCCCAGCUCCACCACCUCCAGCUCCACCACCUCCAGCUCCACCAACCCCAGCUCCACCACCUCCAGCUCCACCACUCUCAGCUCCACCACCUCCAGGUCCCCCAACCCCAGCUCCACCACCCCCAGCUCCACCACCCCCAGCUCCACCACCUCCAGGUCCCCCAACCCCAGCUCCACCACCCCCAGCUCCACCACCUCCAGGUGCCCCAACCCCCCGCUCCACCACCCCCAGCUCCACCACCUCCAGCUCCACCACCUCCAGGUCCCCCAACCCCCAGCUCCACCACCCCCAGCUCCACCACCUCCAGCUCCACCACCUCCAGCUCCACCAACCCCAGCUCCACCACCCCCAGCUCCACCACCUCCAGCUCCACCACUCUCAGCUCCACCACCUCCAGGUCCCCCAACCCCAGCUCCACCACCUCCAGCUCCACCACCCUCAGCUUCACCACCUCCAGGUCCCCCAACCCUAGGUCCACCACCUCCAGGUCCAGUUCUUCUGGUCAGUAAUGUGUACGUGUGAAAUAUCAUUCUGUUUAAGUGAAUUCUGUUUUAAUUCUGUUGGAACAAACAUUCACACUGAACAAGGAUCUCAGACCGGAGAAGCCAUAAUGUCUCAGACUUUCAAUAAGUCUUAAACCAACAAAAAAUGGAUAACGAUGAUGAUGAUGAUGAUGAUGAUGUUAAUAACACACCAAAAGGUCAAACUAACAAGGAGACACAGAGACUCCUGAUAAACUCCUGAUCGAAAGUUUCUCCCAUUUGGACUAAACUUCUGGACUGAGAUCUGGACCCUGUUUACACUGUGAUGGACUUCUACAGGGUUCAUGAACCUUUCUCACCUGGUGGACCAGCGAGCAUUAAUGUUAUUGUUCCAGUUACUACUUUUACAUUUUAUAUUCGCAUUACGCAUCACAGGAAGUGUGUUUAUUCAGAAUCUUUGAGGAAACGAUAGUCACUUUCCAUGAACGAACAAAAUGUAUGUUGUUUUUUUGUUGUUGCUCUGUUACACGUUCUCUAUAACGUCGUAUCAAGCUGGUCUCAAAUGUACCGUAUUUAAUAAAGUAAUAUAUAGUCAGAGAAAUCAGAACAAACUUGACACGGUGAUAAGGGAGAUCGAGAAGACAUCUCAUCCUGAACAACCUGCUUACACACAGACUCAUGAACAGAACGUUCAGUUCUGUUUUAGAUGUUAAACUACAAACCCUGAUUAAAAAAAAACAUUUAAUUAUUUUUUUACCAGAAA